UUGAGGGUACCUCUGGGGCUGAGAGUUGAAGUCCCGCUACCUCUUUCCUGCACUCCCAGACAAAUGAACAAAUAAGCCCCUCCGACCGAACUUACACAACUCCAGUCAGCCUUAAAAACUCCGCCCCCCCCCGCGAUUCUUCCCGCCCCUCGGCGUCUAGACAGAGGGACAGACGGCCUGCCCCGCCCCCUGCGCUACGGACUGACUCAGUGACCUCGGGAUUGACAGUCCCGUGUCCUCGUCCGUGACGCGGACCUCGGCCGUCCAUCCGCACCACCUCCCGUCACCUCUGCCCAUCUCACUCUAUCCCCACCCUGGGCCUCAGGGCAGGUCGACAGCCUGGGACACUUCUCCACCGCAUUCCCAGGCCCGGGAGACCAGCUCCCAGCGCCGCGUUUCCCUGUGAUCCCGCAGCCGCUCAGCAGACUUGCCGUUCUUCCCUGCAUCAUCGGGCGUCUGGGAGGUACCCUAAGAUCCUUCUGAGUUCCUGGCUGUUUGAACAGAGUUUCCUCUGAGCUCCUGCCUGAACACCACAACCAAGGGCUAUAUACAGGUAAGAAAACUUCAAAGAUGAGAAACAAGGCCCUUUUGAGGAAGUAGGAAGACUGCCUGAGACCUGGGGUUUCAGGCUAGUGGGGAAAGAGGCAGAGCUGACCAGGUUUGGAGAUGCUGGGCUUAGCCCCGUGGGUGAUGCAACCUGAAGACUUUGAGCCUCUAGGCCCCUCUCAUCUGGGUCUUGUGAUGAAGGCUCCUCUCCUUUUCUUCUCCCUCUCUUUCUUGGUUUAACUUUGAAAACUAUUCCUUCUCCUUUUUUGAAAACUCUGCACUAUUUUCUGCAUACCUCUGGUCUGCUUUAACUCCAUUCCCUUUGCAGCUCUCUCAGACACCCUCUGUGUUCCCUGUAGUGCUGUCUCUCCUCUCUUGAUUCCUUUUCCUAACCCAAGCUCUCUCUCCAGCUCCUCUUCUAUUGUGUUCCUUAGUUCUAAAUCCCUCUGCUACUUCUCAGCACCUUUGUUCUUUCUACAGUUUUUCGUUCAAGUCAAUUUGUCUCCCUCUCUCUUUCCCACGACCUUAGUUUGUGUCUAGUGUCAUCACAGGCUGCCUCCCCACUGGUCACUCUCUCUCUCCAAUUAAACCACAGGGUCCCCCCCUACUGGUUCUCGUCCCUUCAUCUGGAUCCCUCCCGCCCAAGGCACUCAGCCACUCUUUCCAAUCUUUACCCCGCCUGAGCUCUGUUGUUUCUCUGUAGCCCGGGCAAGGUCCCCCAGCCAGGAUGUCGGGGCUGGUAUUGGGACAGCGGGAUGAGCCUGCAGGGCACCGGCUCAGCCAGGAGGAGAUCCUGGGGAGCACUCGUCUGGUGAGCCAAGGGCUGGAGGCCCUCCACAGUGAACACCAGGCUGUGCUGCAAAGCCUCUCCCAAACCAUCGAGUGUCUGCAGCAGGGAGGCCAUGAAGAAGGGCUGGUGCAUGAGAAGGCCCGGCAGCUGCGCCGUUCCAUGGAAAACAUCGAGCUGGGGCUGAGUGAGGCCCAGGUGAUGCUGGCUUUGGCCAACCACCUGAGCACAGUGGAGUCGGAGAAACAGAAGCUGCGGGCUCAGGUCCGGCGGCUGUGCCAGGAGAACCAGUGGCUCCGGGACGAGCUGGCGGGCACCCAGCAGCGGCUGCAGCGCAGCGAACAGGCCGUGGCUCAGCUGGAGGAGGAAAAGAAGCACCUAGAGUUCCUGGGACAGCUGCGUCAGUAUGACGAGGAUGGGCACACCGCGGAGGAGAAGGAAGGUGAUGCCUCCAAGGAUUCCCUGGAUGACCUCUUCCCCAAUGAGGAGGAAGAGGACCCCAGCAAUGGCUUGGCCCGUGGCCCGGGUGCCCAGCACAGUGGCUAUGAGAUCCCGGCAAGGUUGCGGACACUGCACAACUUGGUGAUCCAGUAUGCAGCCCAGGGUCGCUAUGAGGUAGCUGUGCCACUCUGCAAGCAGGCACUGGAGGACCUGGAGCGCACGUCCGGCCGCGGCCACCCCGACGUGGCCACUAUGCUCAACAUCCUGGCUCUGGUGUAUCGGGACCAGAAUAAGUAUAAGGAAGCUGCCCUCCUGCUGAAUGAUGCCCUCAGCAUCCGGGAGAGCACCUUGGGCCGGGACCACCCUGCUGUGGCUGCCACACUCAACAAUCUGGCUGUGCUCUAUGGCAAGAGGGGCAAAUACAAGGAGGCGGAGCCGCUGUGCCAGCGGGCCCUGGAGAUUCGAGAAAAGGUCCUGGGCACCAACCACCCAGAUGUGGCAAAGCAGCUGAACAACCUGGCCCUGUUGUGCCAAAACCAGGGCAAGUAUGAGGCUGUGGAGCGCUAUUACCGGCGGGCACUGGCCAUCUACGAGGGGCAGCUGGGGCCGGACAACCCUAACGUAGCCCGGACCAAGAACAACCUGGCUUCCUGUUACCUGAAACAAGGGAAGUAUGCUGAGGCUGAGACACUCUACAAAGAGAUCCUGACCCGUGCCCAUGUGCAGGAGUUUGGGUCUGUGGAUGACGACCACAAGCCCAUCUGGAUGCAUGCAGAGGAGCGGGAGGAAAUGAGCAAAAGCCGGCACCGUGAGGGCAGUACGCCCUACGCCGAGUAUGGAGGCUGGUACAAGGCCUGCAAAGUGAGCAGCCCCACAGUAAACACGACCCUGAGAAACCUCGGAGCUCUGUACAGGCGCCAGGGAAAGCUGGAGGCAGCUGAGACCCUGGAGGAAUGUGCCCUGCGUUCCCGGAAACAGGGCACUGACCCUAUCAGCCAGACCAAGGUGGCUGAGCUGCUUGGGGAGGGUGACAGUGGAAGGACCUCCCAGGAGGGCCUUGGUGGCAGUGUGAAAUUCGAGGGAGGUGAAGAUGCCUCAGUGGCUGUGGAGUGGUCAGGGGAUGGCAGUGGGGCCCUGCAGAGGAGCGGCUCUCUGGGCAAGAUCCGAGAUGUGCUUCGUAGAAGCAGCGAACUCCUGGUGAGGAAGCUCCAGGGGACCGAGCCCCGGCCCUCCAGCAGCAACAUGAAGCGGGCAGCCUCCUUGAACUAUCUGAACCAACCAAGUGCAGCACCCCUCCAGGUCUCCCGAGGCCUCAGUGCCAGCAGUAUGGACCUCUCUUCAAGCAGCUGACAUUCAUCCCACCCCCCCCAGGUCUGCUGGGUCCCCCACACAGUCCUCACAGCAUUCCCUAUUGCUCCUGGCUCUUCCAGCCCCAAGGUGGGACAGUGAAGGGGGAGCAGUUAACCAGAAGAUUGCUGCUGCCCUUAGGGUCUCAGCUCCCUCCUCAGGAAUCCCCCUCAGGAAGGACCCUCAGGACAUCCUCUCCCCACCCUGUGAUCCUCUAGAGUAGCUAGCUCUACUACUAGGGGCCCCAGAGUGGGUAAGGAGCGGGUCUGCACCUCAGAGAUGCAGCCUGCAGCUGGCUUUUCUGUCAGAGGGUUUGGGGCUGGCCAGCCAACCUGCCUUGCCCUGGCCUCUCUUGUUCCCUCUGCUGCCUCACUUCAGGUCCGUGUAUUUCACUUUACCUAAAUAAAAGAAUCAGGUAACCAUUCA